AUGGGAGGUGGACGAAUGCAAGAGGUUGAAAAAUUACUUUUGGAAGCACGAAUGACGAAUGCAAGAUUGAUGGAAGAUAAUGAGAGUUUCCAAUUACUUUUACAAGAAAAGACGUUGAACGGCGAUUUCUCGAAAGAGCAUUUCGAAUACAUGGGCGCAUCUUCAAACGCUGACGCGCUGAAUGCUCUUGAGGGGCGAUCACCAGGAGCUUCUCUUGCAGACGAGCUUUCUAAACUUAACGACAAUGAAGGCGAGAAUGAUCAAUCCCGUCCACCGGUGAAGGCGAGUUGA